ACUAGUGUCAUAUGACAUUUUAAAGAUGGCUGAAGGAGAGAGUUGCAAUGCAUCUGCUCUGGAACAGAAAGAUUUUGAAAUCAUUGACAGAAACCUGAUUCCUAAUGUAACUGAGCUCAAAAACGAGGAGAGAGAGAAAACUGUUGAAGAAUCAGGAUGGUCUGCUCCCAUCUUUUCACUGGCCAAGAAAGCUUCAGAAAACUUAGCAGUGAGCUAUGGCAACGCUCUGAAGUCUGCAGCUUUGGUAGGACUCGUGCCCAAACCAGUCAGCAAUGACAACACAGCAAAAACAACUGUUAAAUGCCACACAAUGGAAGAGCGUUCAAACUUGAUGAAUAUGAUGAAGCUCAGUAUCAAAGUCUUGAUCCAGUCAGCCCUGAGCCUGGGUAGGACUCUGGAUUCCGACUUUCCUCCUUUGCAACAGUUCUUUGUGGUGAUGGAGCACUGUCUAAAGCAUGGGCUAAAAGCCAAGAAGAGUUUUAUUGGACAGAAUAAGUCAUUUUUUGGUCCUUUGGAGCUGGUGGAGAAACUUUGUCCAGAAGCAUCAGAUAUAGCAACUAGUGUUAAAAAUCUGCCAGAGUUGAAAACCGCAAUAGGACGAGGAAGAGCUUGGCUUUAUCUUGCACUCAUGCAAAAGAAACUGGCAGAUUACUUGAAAGUACUAUUAGACCACAAACCUCUAUUAAGUGAAUUUUAUGAACCUGAUGCAUUGAUGAUGGAGGAGGAAGGAGCAGUGAUUGUAGGUUUGCUGGUUGGACUGAAUGUUCUUGAUGCGAACCUUUGCUUGAAAGGAGAAGAUUUGGAUUCCCAGGUUGGAGUGAUUGAUUUUUCCUUGUACCUUAAGGAUAUACAGAACAGUGAUGAUAGCAAACAAGAUGCAGGGAUUACUGCUGUGCUUGACCAGAAGCAUUAUGUGGAAGAACUUAACCGUCAUCUAAGUUGCACAGUUGGUGAUCUCCAGAGCAAGAUAGACUGUUUAGAAAAGACCAAUUCAAAACUCCAGGAAGAGCUUGCAGCAGCAACGGAUCGUAUCGGUUCACUUCAGGAAGAACAGCAACAAUUAAAACAUCAAAAUGAAUUAAUUCGUGAGCGGAGUGAAAAGAGUGUAGAGGUAACAAUACAGGAUACAAAAAUAGAACUGGAUACCUAUAAACAGUCACGCCAAGGUCUGGAUGAAAUGUACAGUGAUGUCUGGAAGCAGUUGAAAGAGGAAAAAAAAAUUAGGAUGGAACUAGAGAAAGAGUUGGAGCUGCAGAUUGGAAUGAAAACAGAAAUGGAAAUUGCCAUGAAACUUCUGGAAAAAGAUACUCAUGAAAAACAAGACACUUUGGUUGCUCUUCGCCAACAGUUGGAAGAAGUUAAAGCUAUUAAUUUGCAGAUGUUUCACAAAUCCCAGAAUUCAGAGAGCUCACUGCAACAGAAAAAAGAAACAAUAUCCUCUUUUGAAGGAAAAACAAAUCAGAUGAUGUCUACUAUGAAACAAAUGGAAGAGAGGUUGCAGCAUGCAGAACAGGCUAGGCAGGUAGCAGAAGGAAAAAAUAACAAGAUGAAGCAAGAGUUUGGUGGCAGAAUUGAGACUCUGCAGCAACAACUCUCCCAGGUGGACAAUCAAUGCUCAAUUCUGGAGAAGGAGUUAAAAUCUGAAAAAGAACAGAGACAAACUUUGCAACGAGAGCUACAUCAAGAGAAGGAUACUACUAGUCUGCUAAAAACAGAACUGCAACAAAUGGAAGGGUUGAAAAAGGAACUGCGAAAAUUGCAAGAUGAGAAGCAGCAGUUAGAGAAGGUCUGUGAAGAACAGGAACAAGCUCUACAAGAAAUGGGACUACACCUUAGCCAAUCCAAACUGAAGAUGGAAGAUAUUAAGGAAGUAAAUAAGGCACUAAAGGGCCAUACCUGGCUAAAAGAUGAUGAAGCAACCCACUGUAAACAAUGUGAGAAGGACUUCUCCAUUUCAAGAAGAAAGCAUCACUGUAGGAACUGUGGUGACAUCUUUUGCAACACUUGUUCCAGCAAUGAACUUGCACUGCCAUCCUACCCUAAACCUGUGCGUGUUUGUGAUACAUGUCACACUUUACUGCUUCAGAGAUGUUCGUCUACUGCUUCCUAAUGCUUCAGUUGUUUCAAGAGGACCAUUCUAAGCUUGGAGAAGGAGCCAUGAAUUUUUUUAAAACUCUGACUUCCAGUAUCCCUUGUGCAGAAGAAAACAUCUCUUUAGAUUUCAACACUUUCCAUUCUAGAACAGGUCAAGUAAUAAUUUAAAAGAUAUAAAGAUAUUUAUAGGAAUUAUGAAAGCUAAUGUUUUACCAAUAUAUUUCAUAAUGAAAUCAAGUAGGAGAAAUAAAAAAAAUCAUAUAAUUUAAAAUGUGCUCAACAUGCUGAAACUUUGAAGUGCAAAUUCACUUUUCUGAAUUUUAUAAAAAGCUAUUUUCUUUAUUUAAAACUUUGUACUUUUCACAUUUGUACAUCUGACCUCUUAAAAAAAAAUCACUGAUUUUUUUUCUGCACACUGUAACCUCAUGGUUCUAUUCCAACGACUCACUUUUAAUAUACUCCAGAUUAUAUUAUGUUGGUUAUGUACAGUUUUAUAUGUGAACAAAGUAAGUUGAACAUGGAAAAACAGUCAACCUUCUAUAUGUAUAAAUGAAUGUGCCUUCACGAUAUACUUCAAAGUAAAAAUAGCAUAUAGACUAUAUUUGUUUCUAAAGCACUUAUGACUACAAUAGUGAUUAUGCAAUAAAGUCUUUGUUAAACUAUGAAAACGAGAUAUUUAGUCUUAACACUGUUCCACUUUUUUCUUGAAAAUAAAUAGCAAUGAGUAAAAUCAA